AUGCUUUUUUGUUCCAUCUAUCUCAAGUGUGCCAAAAACCAGCUCUUAUGGGCUUUGGGGGUGCAGGCCGAAAUCAAGGAGUGGAUCAUUAAUCCAGGCGCUAGGCCCAUUGCAGGAAAAUCCAAUAAGAUAUUUUUUCUAGUUCUUCAGCUUAUCCAAAAAAACAAACAAAAAAUAGGCGCUAAGCUAAGUUCUCUUCAUCUUCUCGAACUCAUAACCGCGGCAGCCAACUUCUUGUAUGAUUCAUCUUCUCUGCUCUUCGAUUCAAGGUCUGUUGUACUUUAUCUGGGACUCGCCUCCGUCUUCGACAAACUCAGAUGCAAUACCGUCAUAUCCAAGCUUUAUCGGGCGCGAAUCCAUCAUCUUCGUUCACUUCGAUCUCGUGUAUUCGCCAUAACAUUGAAGAAAUAUGCUCAAAGUGAAGAAAGAUGGAAGGAAUCAACUUACCGACCGGAAGUAAACUCCGACGGUUCUCUAAUUAGCAACGUCAUCGUCGACGACGGAAAGGCCCGAAGACGUUUCUUCAAGAACUCAUGUUUAUCCUCGUACUCAUCUUCUUCGUCUUUGACUACUUCUUCUUCUGAUCUUGCUUUUCGCGAUUUCUGCGUUGUUGUUGCUGAACCUUGA